GCCACAGCGAAUGCGCCUCUUCUGCCUGCCUCAAAUUCAGAUACUUUCACCGCCAAGGAGGGCUGCGCCUUAUCUCCGCCUACUCCAUGUCGCCCGCCACAGUUCUUCCACGAUGGCCGAACAGCGGGCCCCACCGACCAACGGCAAGUCGCACGAAGCUGACGCGGAAGAUUCCUCUCAGAAUCACGGCGAGCUGAACCAGACCUCGGAGGGGCAUGUCCCCCAGGCCAGCGCCAAUACCGUACCAUGGUCGCACCCUCUCCCAUUCCGCUCCCCCGCCCAAUACGCAAACCCGUACGCAUACCCAGGCCUUUUUGGAAAUAUGUACAACUGGCAGCCGAGCCAGCACUAUCUCGUCCCUGCGUCGGUGCAGUCGCCGUACGCCUUCACGCAACAUGCCUCCUUCUCACAGCAUCCCAGCCUCUGGCAUCACUAUGGCCAAGGCUUGCCACCGUCGACCUAUCAGCCAGCGGCGCAAAUGAUGUCGCGCCACCAAGACCCCACUUCUCAACACGUUCUGGGACAGGAGGAUGUGCAGGAGGAGUCUGGACAGGACAGUGUCGAUUCCAAUGCUAGGGCCUCAACCGAAUACACCACUCCAGCCUCUACCGUAUUUCGAAAGAGGAAGAAUAAAGCCGAGGAAAAAGGCCAGGCCAAGAAUGGAAGCAAGGCUCAGAAACCCCUCAAGAGGGAUGCGAAGAUAAUGCUGCCGCCACCGCAGCCUACCGAGCAAUAUCUCGCCGCCGCUACCCUGGAACCAUUCGUGAUUGAUCCUCCACAGCCAGUCCUAGUUGUUCUUGACCUCAACGGCACGCUGAUAUACCGUCCCAACCGCCACCGCCCGACGCAUCUAAUCGCUCGGCCGUUCCUUAAGCCGUUCCUCCGAUACCUAUUCGAGAAUUUUGCCGUCAUGGUUUGGUCAAGCGCAAAGCCGGCGAACGUAAAUCCUAUUGUCAAGAACGUCCUAGACGAAGAUCUGCAAUCUAUGCUCACUGCUUGCUGGGGUCGGGACACAUUUGGUCUAGCGCCGCACCACUAUAGCAUGAAUGUGCAGGUUUACAAAGAUCUCUCAAAAAUCUGGUCGAGCACUGUUCAGGAGAAACAUCCCGACUAUGAAUACGGUGGUUGUUUUGGCCAACACAACACUGUCCUGAUUGACGACUCUGCUCUGAAGGCCAAUGCUCAGCCGCACAACCUCAUCGAGGUUCCAGAGUUUCUCGCAACUCCCGAGCAAAUGAAGGAAGAUGUGCUGAGGGAGGUUGCUGGGUACCUUAACGUCCUCAAGAUGCAAACUGACGUGUCCACUUUCAUCAAGAAGUGGCCCUUCAAAGCGGAUGGCACAUGGAUGCUCGACUGGGAUGAUGCUACUGCCGAAGGUGGAGAGCUCGAUCACAAGGUUUCCUUGCAGACCAAUUGAUGUCAGAUGUACAGCCGAUAUGGAGGGGGCGGAACGGGAGAGGGGGAGACGUGAGUGAGUGAUACCCCUUUGUUUUAUCUGCUCUGCCAUACCCGAGGUGGAAUUUUGGGGUGGUGUUAGUAGGGUGAUGGUUGAUUCUGGGUUGUUUGUGAAGGAUUGAGGGGUAGGGAGUUAAGGGGCUGAUAAGGUGGUAGGCGAAUAUUGGGUUCGGGGUGUUGAAAACUGGCUUAUUGCUGGAAUUACAUAAGCCUAAGAUGACCCACACCUACAUCCCUCAUUUCAUACAGGGUUCACCCACAUUUCCUUCAUGUUCAGACUAAUCACACUAAAAUCCAAUGGAUCGUCA